UCGAGGAGAAGAUUGUGGUGGAAGAUGUGCUCAAACCUCAAAUUGUACACAUUUUACAUGGACUACAUAUCUAGGUGGUACUUGUUGGUUGAAAUCAGGUGCUGUCUCAAAAAAUGAUGCUACUGAAAGCAGUGAUCUAUCGAUGGUCUGUGGUUUAAUGGAAGUUAGUUCGAGUGUCCUAUGGAUUGAAAAUAAUUGGGCUAUGUCAUGUGAUUUUCCUGGAAAUGAUAUGUUCAAUGUCCAAAGUCGAGGAGAAGAUUGUGGUGGAAGAUGUGCUCAAACCUCAAAUUGUACACAUUUU